AUGGGAGGUGACGCUCCCGCUGAAUGUGCUUCCCCCUGCAGUGGAGCAUCGAGACGGACGUCGCUCGUCUCUCGGUCCCGGAUCGUUCACCCGGUGUGAUUUCCUUAACCGCGAAGUGACCUUUUCUCUUCUCCGCAUCUUGGCUUUCCUUCUUUGUCUUGGUUUUUUUUGUCUUCUUCUUCUUCUUCUCUCUCCUCCACAUGGAGGCGGAGCGAGGCAUCGCCUUGCAUCAAAACCCACCGCGGAGAUCUGACUGAAAACGUCGUGGGACCGAGUUGGAUUUAAAGCAUUCACCGGUGCGACCCCCCGACAUGAGUGCCGCUGCCCGGGUCGAUGCGCUCCCGUCCUCCGUCUCCCGGCCCCGGGGUUACCUGUCCUGGUUCCACACCGGCUCGGUUUCGCCCCAGUAGACUGAUCCUGUCCGGUGCUGCGGUUUCCACGGGGGCAGAGCUCAAGUGAUUUAAGAGACCCCCCCCUCCUCCCAAAAAAGAAAAUAAAAGACCAAAACGGAUCCGCCAGAUGGAUAACUACUCUACUCUCCAACUGCAGUGUCUGGAAAUGACCACCAAGCGGAAGCUGAUUGGCCGGCUGGUGCCGUGCCGCUGUUUCCGUGGUGAAGAGGAAGUGAUUUCCGUGUUGGAUUACUCCCACUGCAGCCUGCAGCAGGUCCCAAAGGAGAUCUUCAGCUUUGAGAGGACUCUGGAGGAGCUCUACCUUGACGCCAACCAGAUUGAGGAACUACCCAAGCAACUCUUCAACUGCCAGGCCUUGAAGAAGCUGAGCAUGCCUGAUAACGACUUGUCCAACCUGCCCACCACCAUCGCCAGCUUGGUUAACCUCAAAGAGCUAGACAUCAGUAAAAACGGUAUCCAGGAGUUCCCUGACAAUAUAAAAUGCUGUAAAGGCCUGUCUGUGGUGGAGGCCAGUGUCAACCCCAUCACCAAACUCCCAGAUGGUUUUACGCAGCUCUUGAACCUGACCCAGCUCUUCUUAAACGAUGCCUUCUUGGAGUUUCUCCCGGCUAACUUUGGCAGACUCUCCAAACUACGGAUCCUGGAGCUCAGAGAGAACCACCUGAAAACUAUGCCAAAGUCCAUCCACAGACUGACACAGCUGGAGAGGUUGGAUCUGGGUAGCAAUGAAUUCACUGAAAUGCCCGAGGUGUUGGAACAGAUACACAACCUCAGAGAGCUGUGGCUGGAUAACAACUCCCUACAGAAUAUACCAGGGGCGAUAGGAAAACUUCGCCAAUUGCGGUACUUUGACUUAGCUAAGAACCGCAUCGAGACGCUGGACACUGAAAUCUCCGGCUGUGAGUCCUUAGAAGACCUGCUUCUGUCCUCCAACAUGCUGCAGCACCUCCCUGACUCUAUAGGAAUGUUAAAGAAGCUGACAACAUUGAAGGUAGAUGACAACCAGCUGACCUCACUGCCUAACACCAUUGGGAGUGCGAAGCCCAAGCACGGUCUGUCUCUAUUGGAGGAGUUGGACUGCAGUUGUAAUGAGUUGGAGUCGUUGCCUCCCACUAUCGGCUACCUGCACAACCUGAGGACCUUCGCUGCUGACGAGAACUUCCUCUCAGAGCUGCCGCGGGAGAUCGGUAACUGUAAGAAUGUGACGGUUAUGUCAAUGCGGUCCAACAAACUGGAGUUUCUUCCUGAUGAGAUCGGACAGAUGACCAAACUACGGGUUCUCAACCUCAGUGAUAACAGGUUAAAGAAUCUACCGUUCACCUUUACUAAGUUGAAGGACCUGGCCGCUCUCUGGCUUUCCGACAAUCAGUCCAAGGCUCUGAUCCCACUGCAGACAGAAGCCCAUCCAGAAACCAAACAGAAGGUUUUGACCAACUACAUGUUUCCUCAGCAACCACGACAUGAUGAGGAUUACCAGUCGGAUAGUGACAGCUUCAACCCUACUUUGUGGGAGGAGCAGAGACAGCAGAGGAUGACUGUGGCCUUUGACUUUGAGGACAAGAAAGAAGAGGAAGACAACUCUGGAAAGGUCAAGGUGGAGAUUAACCUAAAGCGCUACCCAACACCCUACCCCGAGGACCUUAAGAACAUGGUCAAGUCGGUGCAAAGCCUUGUGGGUAAAAACGUACACGCGGGACACGGGCACCAGCACCAACACCAGCACCAGCAUCAGCACCAGCACCAGCACCAGCACCAGCAUCAGCACCAGCUGAGCACGGGCAGUGCCACCUCGGCAGGAACCAACAUGGAACACACACACCUCAGCAAAGAACAGUACGAACCACCGUGGCCCCUCCCUCCGAAAGAGGUGACGGACAGAGAGAUGCAGGACUUCUCUCAGUCUCAGCUAAUGGAUCAGGGAUCUAUGCAUAACUCUGGCAUCGACAUCCCCAAGAGGAAGGACAAAGAGGACCUGACAGAGAGCUCCGAGGACUCCAUGGGUGGCUCUCCCAACGACAUCCGUAUUUCCGACAUGAGGCCCACCCUGGUGGAGCCGCCCAUGUACAAACCCAAGGUGGUUCUGCUGGGGAAGGACAAGAAAGAGUCCACAGAUGAAGAGGUGGAUAAGCUCCACUGUCUGAACCACAGCGGCUCCUCGGCCACCUACUCCGACUACUCUCCCUCACAGGGCUCCUCCGGCUCCUCCAACCCGCCCGGCAACGCUCACCCACACGCGCACUCUCAUGCGCACUCACACCAACACCCACAUCAACAUGCACACGCUCCCGCCCUUCCGGCCUCAAGCAAGGACCAGGCCCCUCAAACACACUGGACCAACAGGCUGGCUCAGUCUUUCCCCAAACCCAUUGACUCCAAGCCCCUGCUAUCUCAGAGAGAAACCCCUCCAUCGGGAACCCUGCAGCAGCGCGGGGACCGACGCCCACUGAGCGAACCGUUUGAUUGGUCUGAGGCUCCUCACUAUGACAACACAGGUUUUGAUCCCGAGGAGUCCCCGAUGGAUCCUCCGUCCACCGGAAGCCAAGGAAACCCGCCGCUGGGCUCGAAACCCCGCAGCCAGUCGACACACGGGCGCCGCCCCCUCCUCAGGCAGGAGCGAAUCGUAGGGGUGCCCCUGGAGCUUGACACCCAGACGCUGCCCUUCCACGGCAACCAGCGCUCCACUCCGGACAAUGACCCACAAUCAGGGCAUCCUUCCCAGAAUCCCUGGCAGAACUGGACCAGAACCCCGAGCCCGCUGGAGGACCGAACCGCCUUUCCUUCCAAACUGGACCUGACGCCCACAUCGAGCCCAAACCCAGACCGCAAGGACCCAAGGCUGGAACAAGGCACGGGGCCUUUGCCCGGCAGCUGGACAUACCAUGACAAUCAGGGGGAGCAGAACAGGAAGGAUCAGCUAAGUGUAAGCGGGGGCAACAAGGUGACCGUGGUGAUGAGUAAAAGCUCGGACCGCCUGUCCCCCAUGAUGAGGGAGACGAGAUCCAAGUUCAAGAAGUCCCAGAGCAUCGAUGAGAUCGACAUUGGCUCCUACAAGGUCUACAGUAUACCCGUGGACAGCUACAGUACAUCCAUCGAGCAGCAGACGAGUUUGGACCGCCAAGACAUGCCGUGUUCUAUGGAGCAGACCAACAUGUCGCGGUCACAGUCCGCCCCCAUGCUAGACGACGACCUGAUCUUCGCUGGACACGGAGCGAGCAACCAGAACCAGUCGGGGCAGAACCAGAAGCCAGCCAUCCCGCACAAGGCCUACCACUUUGACCACAACUACAACCCCCAGGUGACCAUGGACCGUCGGGUCCCCCCCCCCUUCCCCAACACACCAGAUUAUGUCAACCACUCAUCGAAAGCCUUGGAGUACAUCAAUCAACCGGGCAAGACAUUACCGAAGGAGUUAGUGAGCCCUCGGUACCGUGCGUAUCCGCCGCUGGAGAUGUUUUCUUUCCCCCAAUCGCCGAUCAACCAGGACGGUGCGUCCAGCCAGCACCAGCAGCCCAUCCCCGCACAGCGCUCCAGGCCCGGCUUUCUGAGGAGAGCGGACUCACUGGUGAGCUCUACGGAGCUCGCCUUGUUCCGCAGAGUCCAUGAAGCCCAGCAGGAGGCCCUCCAGGAAGCCCAGUACAGACAGCAGGCGGACCCCCCUCUUUACGGCCGGGCUCUGGCCUACUCCGCCCCCAUGGAGCACUCUGCUCUCAGCAACAUGGCCGACAGCCAGAGCCAAAUGAUGCACAACAAGAGGAACGGCCGCUACGACGACGAUUAUCCCACCUACCAAGAACAGAAGAAGCCCAUGAUUGGUUACCCGACCAAGAGCCUGACUCAGCGCCGCCCUCUGUCUGCCCGGAGCUACAGCACUGAGACAUACGGAGCAUCUCAGGCGCGUCCAGUGUCAGCUCGUCCCACCAUGGCUGCCCUGCUGGAGAAAAUGCCCCCCGACUACACUCUCGCAACCUGCCCUGAAAAAGCACCUGACGAUACCAUCAAAGUAAGGCCUGGUGUACCACAGAAGCCCGACGACAUCACCUCCAGGAUGCCUCCCGAUUGGAGGCAGCAGCUACUUAGGCACAUAGAAGCCAAACGAUUGGACAGGAGUGGUGUCCUAAAGCACAACACGCUCACGCUGGGCAUGCUCUGUCAGGGCGGGGGUCACGGCCAGGGGCGCAGCAGCUCUUUGAACUUUAAUCUUUACAAUAACACAAAGCAUGAGCCUCCCGCUGGCCGCUGGCUGCCACUACCUCCUCCUCCGUCUGCUAAAGCUACCCCCUCUCAACAGGCUGCCAUGCUGGAUAAUGACCAGGAGGGGCUGUCAGGGAGCAACCAGUGGGCUCCUUACUCCCUUGGCAGGAGGGACGUCCCACCUGACAACCUCAUGAAAAAGAGUGGCCACUCGCACAACCCUUCCCACCAGUCACACAACACCAUGAUCGUCACCUCCUCUUCCUCCUCCUCCUCCACCACUCCUCACCGUGUAGUGCAGCAGGGCUACGACGGGAUGAUGAACAAAGGGGGCCAAUACCAACCUGGCAUGCCAUUGUCAGUGGUUCCCUCUGGGGGGCCUGGGCAGUACCAAGGCAACAUGCCUCAAGGCCAUCCCGCCCCUGGACAGGGCUACCAGGGUUCUGGCCUGCCCAUGGCUCUGUCCCCAUCCGGGAACCAGCCCCAGUACAACCUCCAUUCCUCCCACACAUCCCAUCAGCCUGCCACCAACCCUCAGUACCACGGCAACCAGGGCAUGGUCCACGGCAACCAGGGCAUGGUCCACGGCAACCAGGGCAUGGUCCACGGCAACCAGGGCAUGGUCCACAGCAACCAGGGCAUGGUCCACAGCAACCAGGGCAUGGUGCAUAGCAACCAGGGGAUGGUGCAUAGCAAUCAGGUUGUCAUGACUCACACUAACCCACGACCUCAGAGCGCUCGCUGCCUGUUGCAGACUAAAGGCCAGAAGAGCACGGAUGGUUUUCAAGAACAGUUGUGUGUGAGAAUAGAGAAGAACCCUGGUCUUGGUUUCAGUAUCUCUGGUGGCAUCAGCGGCCAGGGGAACCCCUUCAAGCCCUCCGACAUGGGUAUCUUUGUUACUAGGGUACAGCAUGACGGGCCCGCCACCUCCGCCCUGCAGCCCGGAGACAAGAUUCUGCAGCAUGACUGUGUAGCCCCUCCUCUUCUCUCUCUUUUCCCCAACAGUGAUGUGUUACUGAGAUAAUGAUGGCAGUGAGCCUCCAUCCUUCCACACGCACACACACACACACACACACACAAAGGCCUAUGUAUGGAGAUUCUGCAGCACACGUAUCUACACACACACACACACACACACACGCAUGCUGUUGACUGUGCUGCGUGUUUGCCUUGCAGGCUAACGGACAUAGUUUUUUACACAUGGAGCACGAGACGGCCGUCUCUCUGCUGAAGAGUUUCCAGCGGACGGUGGACUUGUUGGUUCUGAGAGACAGCGGCACUUGCUAAAAAUAGUUUUAUAACAAAAAAAAAUAAAAAAUAAAAACACAACGACGCUUGUCCACUCUGCCAUCCCGAGCCCCCUUCACCUGCCCUCCACUGCAGGCUUGUGGAACUGAAAUAUGAGCCGCCUUUUUUUUUUUUUUUUUACCUUUGUAGGGGACAUUUAUUUGCCUAUUGCUGGACCAAAAGGCAAAUACUAGUGCCAAAUGUACCACAGGAAACAUAUCGGCUCCUCUGUCUCCCGGCGGUCAGGGACCUGAUCGACGUCUGGACGGACAUCGAGAGGACUCUCCGGGUCCCCACAGGGCUGCUGCAGUUUGGAUUGCGUCGUUGUUAACUAGGCGGUCAUCUGAUGAGUUUGGUUGUGUAUUUGAGCUUUUCUCCACUGCCUUUUAUUUUGCCUUCCAUGUUGGAUAUUUAUUCAUUUGUUGGGUGCAGCGCACGGUUCACGUUCCAUGUUUCCUAUUCCAUUGUUCUCUUUCCUGUUGUCUUUUAUUCUUCUUUUGACCUGCAUCUCCUGUUCUGUUCCUCUCUUUCUAUUGCUGUCUUGGGUUUUAUUCUUUUGGGCUGUCUUCUGUUUUGCAGGUAUUUUUGCCUCCAGUGUACAGAGAUGUAAAACGUAAGACUUUCUGCCUUGUGUACAUAUAUUGAGCUGCAGCUUUAUGGAGCUGCACUCUCCUUGGGGCCUGGACAGACGGCUCUGGAAGUUUAUUAUUAAUAUAAAUCUUGUUGAUAAAUUCUGAAUUUUGUCUUUCGAACAUACAGGGAUUAUUUCUCCAAAUGGACAAUUUUCUAAAGUAUUCAAGUUUUUUUUUCUGUAAAGAAAACACUGUUGAUAGUUCAUUACUGCUUCUUGUUUUAUUUGUUUGUGUUGUUACUAUUUAUUUUGUUUUAAAAACUGUUGCUUGCACAGGUGUACUGUUAAGAGCUAAAGCAAUACUACUGAGGCUCGGCCCAUUGAGAUUUUCAGCAGAGCCUAAUUUGUCCUACAGUGCCAUCUAUCGAGCCAAUCAUGCUAAUGUUUACACACACUGCCAUGCACAUGAGCUAACAGGCAAACACACACACACACACAGUAGACACAUGUGCCCCCAUACACAACACACAUAUGCAGUUGAUAAUGAAGCCGUGUUCACAUUCUGGUUGCACACACUCAAACGCUGUAACAUGACUCCUACGUGGGCCAUAAUCUGAAGUGGGGUUUUCUAGUGCUGUCACAGCGAUGUUACAUCCUUUUUCUAGCUUGUUUGGGUUGUACAAUAAUGUCACCGCAUGCUUUCAUAUCGUUGGUCGCUCUCAGCCAGCCUUUUUUCUGUUGGCUUGUCGAGUUCUCAACUUUGCAGAAGAGUCACGCUGAAUUUAUACCGCUGAGUUUCAGUGAGACUGAAUGCUCUGCAGUUGGUGCCAUACGGACCCUCUGCCCCUCCCCGGUUGCCUUGUGGCCCAGAUCUGAUCUGCACACAGUGAGGAGCAGCCAGCGUGGCUCGAGUGGGUAGAGAAACAGGUUUUUAAAGUUUGGCUGGGCCUCCAAGCAUCCGCUCUGCCCCCCCAAGUGUCUUGACCUCUGGCCUCCCCUGCAGAAAGCACCAAGACCGAAAAUAUCAACUGCAUAACUUUCUUAAGGGUUGAAUCUGCAAUCGAACAGAUGGUCCCCUUUCAGACAAUCAGGGAAAGAUCUGAUCUGUGCCACAAAGACCUUUUGGCUGCACUUGAAAUGUCAGUGUAAGUUUUCUAACCCGAGGAGAUCCUAGUUAACACUAGAUGUACAUGGAAAUACUCAUACGCCAACUUUUGGUUGGUGAAUUUUUUUUCGAGAUUAGACGUGGGUGUGGAGAGAAAUUAAUGUAGAUGUAGAAAACUGAUUGUAGGAGAGGUUUGUAGUCUCAUGUAAUCUGACCUCCGUGGUCCCGGUGCAGAAAAAUGAGUAGACUUAACAGAAGUGACCACACGCAAGAUUGAGAUCGAAGAGGUUUCAUUUUCCGUCUCUGUGUAAAUGCAACUAACGUGUCUCGAAGACGCUUCACGACAGAGAGUUUUGUUUUGUUCUGUUUAGCAUCUGAUGUUUCAUCCAGAGCAAAACAACAUGCCGACCUGUCCUUUGCUUUUACUCGACGUGACGGUGUCACCCUGUGCCCAUUACGUGUCAACCCUCUUAAUAAGCGUUAUAACUUUAUUCAUUCUGAAUAAGGGACACAAAGUGGUACAGUUUAUUCUUGUGGGAGAGAGACUUGAUCUUAACCACUGAUACCUAACCGACUCUCUUUAAAGUUUGAAAUAUCAAAGAUAUUAUGAGGACGGAGAAAAAGGUUUGAUAAUAUAAUUAUUUUUUACUACAUGUUUCAGGUAAUUAUUUCUAAAUAUAUUGAUAUACCUUAGCUUUGCUCCAACAAAUUGUGAUAUUUUAUAAUAAUGACACUUAUAACAAAGUUAUGGAUGGAAGUACGCACAGUAUGACUUGGAGACCUACACAUGUACUAUCCAAAACUGUAUAAAAUGUAUUUCUACUGUAAUAGUGAAUUUGUGUUAUACAAAUAUAUAUUAUAUAUAUAUGUAUAUGAAUAUAAAAACAGUCAUUUUCUAUGUGUUUAAACUACAUAAGAGCUGAACAAAUGCUGAGGACGGUAUCACUGUACAUAGAUGUGAAUGAAAUCCAAUUUAAAAUGACUCCUGUUGAUUGUGAAUGUACCCAUGCUUUCUGCAGUACCUACACAUACCCAACUUGAAUGCUGCUUCUUCUGUUGUGUGACAAAAGUACUUUGACCUCCGAAGAGAGAACCGCUGUCGAGUUGUAAGUCGGACAAACUUUGGUGAUGAUUUAACAGAACUAUUUAUUUAUUUAUUUGCACAUGCAAUUUGAAAUCCUUCCAGUUUUGAGUUUGAGUAUUAUCGCAGAGAAAUGUUAUUGCAGAAGUAUAUAUAAUAUAUAUCAUGUGUUUAGAAUGCAUUUUGCAGACGCUAUCUGUAAAUAAUAUUUAAGAUACAGUUUUUACAAAAAAUAAUAUAUGUAUAAAAUUGAAAAAAUGCUGUGCAGCGAUUAUACUUGAGCCAUUUUGGGCUUUGGGACGUACCAUUUUUUCAGUAUAUAAGAAGUGUUUUGAAUAAUGUACUAAAGUCUCUAUUGUACAAAUAAUAAAAAUGUCACUAUUGGUA